AUGUUGUCCGCGUACCGGAAGAAUACAUUAUGGAAGAUGAUCCACGAAGAUUCCGCUCACUUCAUUGUUUCCUAUACCGCAAACAUUGUCAGCGGUGAUAUUUGCUGUGAUGAAGCAAUACUUCAAGCAGAAUUUCGAUCAUUUCCGAUGGUAGAAGUGACAAUAGCAAAAGUAGCAAUCAUACGACAGCAACAUAUUUGA